GGACCCUGGGGUUUUGCACGGGGAUUAGUCAGGCUGGAUUUGGAAACGCCCUCAACUGCACCUUGCGCUGCUAUAUUAGUGCUUCUCAAGCAAGAGGAAUUUUCUUUUGCUUCUGCAGCUGCUCCUGCAAAACCCUCCGCCUGUAUGCAAGCCCUGCGUCUCUGGACUCUGCUUGCCACCUAUGCAGUUGCAGUAGGACAAAAUCAAGGACAGAAGAAUCAGGAGUGCCCUAAGCUCAACGCACAGAUGCCAGAAUUUCAGAAGAAGACUGUCCACAUUAAGGACCCAGGGAGAGUAGAAGAGAUUAUUUGUGGCCUCAUCAAAGGAGGAGCUGCUAAACUUCAGAUUAUUACAGAUUUUGAUAUGACAUUAAGUAGAUUUUCCUACAAUGGAAAAAGAUGUCCAACUUGUCAUAACAUCAUUGAUAACUCUAAGCUCAUCACAGAGGAAUGCCGGAAAAAGUUAUUGCAGCUGAAAGAAACAUAUUAUGCUAUUGAAAUUGACCCAGCUCUCACUAUUGAAGAAAAAUAUCCAUUUAUGGUAGAAUGGUACAAUAAAUCUCAUGCACUACUCAUUGAACAGGGCUUACAAAAGGAUAAGUUUGCAGAAGUUGUGAGAGAAUCUGAUGUUAUGCUGAAGGAAGGAUACGAGAACUUCUUUGAUAAGCUCAGUGAACAUAAUAUUCCUGUGUUCAUAUUUUCUGCUGGGAUCGGAGAUAUUCUUGAGGAAGUUAUCCACCAGGCUGGAGUCUACCAUUCUAAUGUCAAAGUUGUUUCCAAUUUCAUGGAUUUUGAUGAAAAUGGAAUAUUAAAAGGAUUUAAAGGAGAACUGAUUCAUGUUUACAACAAACAUGAUGGUGCCUUGAAGAAUACUGAGUAUUUUAAACAACUGAAAGACAACAGUAAUAUCAUACUGCUGGGUGAUUCCCAAGGAGACUUGAGUAUGGCAGAUGGAGUAGCAAACGUUGAGCACAUUCUUAAGAUUGGUUAUCUCAAUGAUAAAGUAGAUGAACUUUUGGAAAAAUACAUGGACUCUUACGAUAUUGUCUUGGUGAAAGAUGAAUCCCUGGAAGUUGCCAACUCCAUCCUACAGAAAAUCCUGUAAAUUGCAGUCUCAACUCACUGCAUUCUUUCCAGAAGGCAACUGAAUAGAAGAGCACACGUGUGCCACCUUAAGUGUAUCUGUUAUUCAUUGACAGAACUGUUUAAUUUAAAACUUUUAUCCUCAUUUUGGUAUUUGGAAGUAUAUAUGGUACCCAUUGUCAACUAGAAGCUCCUUUUAUUGCUGUUAUGCUGUUCUUUAUUGUCUCACACUCCUAUUAAAACUAGAUUUAAAUUGGA